AUGUGCUCCGAAUCCUGCAUGGCUUACACCAGCCCAAAGGCGAGCAAGGAGAUCUGCAAUCACUGUUCUUCCUCUCGCUAUGACCAGAAGAAACGCGCCGUUCGAACGUACUACAUGUUCCCUCUUGCCCCGCAACUUCUUGCUCAUUACAGCUCAUCAGAGUCUGCCCACGACAUGCGCCAUCGACAGAGACGGAUGCCUGCUAUCAUCGACCAGGUUUUGAGAAGUAACGGGAAUGUCGACCACAUCAGCGACGUCUAUGAAGGUUCGGACUUCUGGGAGGCGUGCUUGCAGGGGCGCAUCAAGGAUGACGACAUCUGUGUUAUUCUGUCCAUGGACGGUGCUCAGCUAUUCGCACACAAGGCCUCAAACUGUUGGAUAUACAUCUGGAUUCUCCUCGAUGUUGCCCCUGAAAAGCGAUGA